AAUUACUACUAGCUCGAAAAUAAAAUAUUUAUCGGCGGCCUCCUCCGCCUCCGCCUCCACUCCACUUCCCCGCUGCGCCCUUUUUAACCGCUUUUUAAAGCUCCCCCCGGCCUCCCCUGCCUUCUUGCUUCCACCACUGCGCUGCCACGAGAGCAGGCGGCCGGAGGCGGAGGUGGCCUAGGCGUAGGCAUGGCCCUGGCCGACGCCACCGCGUUCCCCUACGGGCUGCGCGUCCUCGUCGUGGACGACGACCCGACCUGGCUCAACAUCCUCGAGAAGAUGCUCAGGAAGUGUUCCUACGAAGUCACCACAUGCAGUUUAGCCGGUGUUGCUCUCCAAAUUCUACGAGAGAGGAGAAACAAGUUUGACAUCGUAAUAAGUGAUGUCAACAUGCCUGACAUGGAUGGUUUCAAGCUCCUCGAGCACAUUGAACUCGAGAUGGAUCUUCCUGUUAUAAUGAUGUCCAUCGAUGGAGAAACAAGUAGGGUGAUGAAAGGUAUCCAGCAUGGUGCUUGUGACUAUCUUCUCAAGCCUGUUCGAAUGAAGGAACUUAGGAACAUCUGGCAACACGUGUGUAGGAAGAAAACUCAUGAGGUGAAAGAGAUCGAAGACUCUCCGAAACACUGCAGUUUGCCUCUCCCUCCAUCUCUCAUUGCUUGCUCACAGUGGCAAAAGGAGGAAUGUAUAGGGAGUGGUUCAUUUGGACACGUUUACCGUGGUUUUAACAGUGAGCAUGGGCAGUUUUGUGCGAUUAAGGAGGUAUUAGUUGUUUUGAAUGAUCCACGCUCAAAUGAACAGCUCAAGCAAUUAAAUCAGGAAAUAUGUUUACUUAAGCUAUUCUCGCACCCAAACAUUGUUCAAUACUAUGGAAGUAUUUUGACCAAUGCUGCGCUUUCAAUUUAUAUGGAAUAUGUUUCAGAGGGUUCAAUUCAUGUGUUACUUGGCAAGCAUGGCCCAUUUAAGGAAUCUCUGAUUCGCAAUUACACGGCACAAAUUCUCUCUGGUCUUGCUUACUUGCAUGAGAGGAGACAUAUUCACAGAGAUAUUAAAGGAGCGAACAUACUUGUGGGCUCUAACGGGAUAGUCAAACUUGCUGACUUUGGUGUGGCUAAGCAUAUAUCAACUUUGACAGAAGCACACACUUCCAACAUAGGAACACCAUAUUGGAUGGCUCCAGAGGUUAUAGUGAGUAAAUACAGCGGUAAAGGCUAUAAUCUACCUGCUGACAUUUGGAGCUUGGGAUGUACUGUUGUUGAAAUGGCAACGGGAAAGCACCCCUUGCAUGGGUUCGAGGCGGUAGCAGCAAUGUUCAAGAUUGCCACAGAUACAUAUGAACCUGAAAUCCCGGACAACUUGUCAGAUGAAGGGAAAGAUUUCUUGCUGCAGUGCUUGCAACGCGACCCAAGAUCUCGUCCCACUGCGACUCUGUUGAAGGAUCACCCUUUUGUUCGGGACUACCGUGCUGAGUUGAGCCUUCAAAACCCAGAGCUUUACUGGGAAACAAGGUUUUAUUAGCAGUCAAUGGAAUCGUUUUGGCCAUAACUUGUUCAAAACAAAACCGGAUGUUACCGCUACCAGCCUGUAGUUACCUGAACAUUUCAAAACAAACAUAUGGCCAUAAAUAAAUUUGGAAUGAAUUUGUCCUGAGGAUCA